GUCAACUGGCUGCAGGUACAUGUGAGAUUGUUACUUUGGACAGAGAUAGCAGUCAGCCCCGAAGGACUAUAGCCCGACAAACGGCUCGCUGUGCAUGUAAAAAAGGACAGAUUGCCGGUACAACAAGAGCAAGGCCAGCGUGUGUUGAUGCACGAAUUAUCAAAACAAAACAGUGGUGUGAAAUGCUUCCAUGUUUAGAAGGAGAAGGCUGUGAUUUGCUAAUCAAUAAAUCAGGCUGGACCUGUACACAACCAGGAGGACGGAUAAAGACAACCACG